UUUUGAAAGAAGACAUAUUAAUAUUAAAAUCGAACCAGUUUAAAUGGAGGAAUCGAUAAAUGGGAAGAUUUGUUAUCGUCUGCGAAGGAUCGGUGCUCCUGCUACAAUGCAAGACGUUGCUGAUGUAUUUGUGUGAGUUUAAUUAAACUAGGUUUGGCGUGGUCCACUGCUAAGCUAGUUUUUUUAUUUUUAACUUUUCCUGUUUAUAUUAUAUUAAAUUUCCUAUAGAUUGCAACAAAAUAUCACAGUUAUUGGCAGAGCAAAAAAUAAUGUCGACUUCUUUAUCGAUUCAUCCAAAAACAAAGCAUUGAUCUCCAGAAUUCAUGCAAGAAUUUCAAAAUCACAGUAUUCACAGACACAGUGUGGUGAGGAUGUGUUCAAAAUCCAUGACGUCAGUCUUAAUGGUACAUAUGUGAAUGAUGUCAAGAUCUCUACUGAAGCUUUGUUAAGGCCUGGAGAUGUUGUAAUAUUUGGUCACGUGCAAGGAGCAUGUCUUGAAAGUGGAAAUUGUUACAAACAGUUAAAUUCAGAGUUCAAGUUUUUGGUAAGUUCAUGACUAUAUUUGUUUGUAGAAAAUAUGUUUAUAUUAUUGCAAAUUUUCAAUCCACAAGCCUGAAUCUUCAUCAGUGCUAUAAAUAGAGAUCACAGCUUUAUAACUGGAUCUUUUCACUACUAAUAGGGAAUCGACUACAGGAAUUUAAAGGAAAUAAAAUAGUGACCACCUUUGGUGCCAAAUUCAAUGGAUGAUGUCAUUUGUUGAAAUAGCACCAACAUGGCCAAAUCCUGAGGAGUUUCACUCAUACUUGCAAAGAGAAUAGUCCAGUUGUAUGAUAUGUGUCAAAUCCUCUAACCUCUUCAGGGAUUACAAUAUCACUUGCGAAAUAAGGGAAUUGUGCCUUUAACCAAAUCAGCACAACACCACCUUGUUUCAGCAAUGAAAUUUCGGGCUGCAAAGCAGACUAAUGACACCAGGAUAGUGCCAUAAUCUGGCUUGUCAAGAUCUUGAUUGAGAACUAUACGAUCUAGGCAAUCUAAUCUUGUUUUCAGGAUUAUACUUUCUGUUUUCCUUAUAGUUUGAAAGUUUUCAUGAAGCAGGGAAUGAUUUGACAAAUAUUGAAACUAAGCACACCCAGGAAGCAACAAUGGAAACACCAACCACAUCAACUGUGCUGUCAGAAAACUGUCCUACAACAAGACGUGUGUUGAUGUUUGAAAACAGUGAUGACAAUGACUACAUGAUGUUGCAAGAAUACGCUUCAACUGCAGUUUCUUCUUUUACCAAAGAGAAUGAAAGUGACGAGGAUCUACUUACUGUAAAGUACACACAAAUAUUACCCCAUGCCAGUUGUGAAAACAAUAGAAGCACCAAAAGCCCAGGUAAAAACAAUAGCUUCAGUGAAUGCAGAUCAUGAUGAUAUAUGACAAGAUAUUAUGCGUUUUCCUCUCCCAUUUUUCAUCAUAGGACAAAAUGCAGUUAGUAGCAGUCACAAGGGAUAAUACAUUUUUUCUGGGUUGUAUACUUAAUAGUCGAGUGAUGACAAAUGGUAUCAUGUAAUGUCAUACAAUAGCAGAAUAUACCCAACCUUUAUGCUUGUGCCCCUAAGCUGGGACCAGCCAGCUUGAAUGUGGGUCUCCGCACUCCCAAGAAACCCACUGAUGUCUGCGAACAAGGCUAAGAUGAAGAAGGAUCAUAUAUGAAUAUCUGUUCUUAAUGUUUUAACAUUUGUAAACAAUUUGUUUGUAAUAUUUCUCAUUUCAGAGAAGAAAAGACGAAGAUCAAAACAAGAGUCUCAACCAACCGAUGACACUUGUUCUGCUUCAAAGUGUAUAAAACCAGAGGGCAAGAUUAUCUCAUGGGUUCAGUGUGAUGACUGCGAUGAAUGGUAUCAUGUUAAAUGCUGUGGACUCUCCUUGAGACUGGUUAAAGUUAAAAAUUCUAAAUUUCACUGUGGAUGUUCAUAAUAAACAAAAAUUGUUGGUUUCAGGACUCCAACCAACCAGUUUAAAAUAAUCCAACCAACAUUUUAUUGACAUAAUUGCAAAGAUUUCUCAUUUUUUUAGUUGUGUUAAUAAACAUUGGCAUAGGAGUCAGGGGGAAGGGAUCGGGGGAGGGGAUCGGGGGGAGGGAGGGAAUAUUUUGCACAGGAUCAGAUACAGUAAAACUAGAGGUAAUUAUAGAAAAGAUGGUAUUUGAAAUAAUCAUUUUAAAAAAAACUGUGAGCUCUUUUUAAUGUGCAGGCAGUUCAAUUCUUAAGUACAAUUAUGCUUCUUUUGCUGGCUAUUACUCCACCAAGUCAUUCAAACUACCAAAGUUCAGCCCACCCCAACUUAAAAUAUAUGUAGUAUCCAACUUGACUCUAUGUAUUUAUCUACAACUGUCUAUAAUUUUGCAUCAUAUAAACAUGCUAAACAUGUGGUAAACUUACUGAAUGACAACAACCAAUCACCAACAAUGUUAAUCCUACAACACAUUGUCUAUUGAAAAACCUCCAAAUGAAUACAGUAUAUACAUGAUUUAUGUUGAUACAGACUUGGUAGAAUAUCUCUCUUACAGUAUACUCAGACUGACUGACAAUGUUUCAAAAUCAUUUCCAGGAGGAUUGCCUUCAGUGUUCUAAAUAUCUACAUGGCUCAUUUAAAUGCCCAUUUAACAACUUUGUCAGCAUGGCCAGCUAUAGUAAAACAUCAACUAUUUUCUAACCAAAAGAUAUUUGGCCACAGACAAAUAUUUUGGUUCUGCAUGUAAAAAUGGUAUUAUUCAUUUCAAUCAUGGAUUUAAUGUGAACCAGCAAGGGUGACAAGGAGAACAACUAUUACUGCAAGUAUUAAGAAUGGCAACCAUGUCUUUACGAAUGAUCCAAAACUAAAAUAAAAAUACGCUUUAGUUAUUUCUAUUGAUGAAAUUAUUGAAAUAUCUAUAAU